AUGGUUGGUAGUCAGUUCCACACUCUUCUCCAUGCCACUUCAAGAUCAUCUUUGCUAAAGUCCAGCAGCAGUAAGCCAUUCUUGAACAACACAAUCAAGAAUUAUGGGCAAGCAAGCAAUGGAAACCGUAGCCGUUUGAUGGAAGAGAGGGCACCUUCCACAGCUGAAGAGUUCGAAAGAGUUGCACGGGAAAAGGCCAGGGAGACCAAGGAAGGAGUAGCAACUCAGAAUGUUGCCAAGUUAUAUGAUGGUGCACAAGAUGGUACGAUUGGUGACUCCAAGGUUGGAUCUGUCAAGAACUGA